ACCUCCCCGCCGCCUCCCUCCCUGUCUCCUGGCUGCGCCCCGGCUGAGCGCCCCCUCCUCUCUUCCCCUCCUCCAGGCGUACCCCGCCCGUGAUCGCAUCGCGAGCCCCUCCCGCUGCGACGGGCUGGGGGACUCGGCCGCCCCCGCCCCAACUGGGAGGCGGCGGCGGCCACCCUAGGCAGCAGUGGGGACCGAGAUCCGAGGCCCGGAGGCGGCCCUGCUUCUGGACCGGGCACGCGGGGUCUGUGCCUCUGCGCCCCAGCCCAGGGCCGCGGUGGCUUGCCUUGCCACUGACUGGAGGAGCCUCCCUGGCCCUGACUGUUGGUGACCAGAGUCCCCCCGCAGGCCGGGCCCACCCGCGGCCCCCCAUGAUUGCGCCCGGCUGACCGGUGAGGCGGCCGCGGUGGAGCCGGCGCGCCCCGAGGGCGGCGGGGCCAUGGCCUCGCUGGAUCUACCGUACCGAUGCCCGCGCUGCGGGGAACAUAAGCGCUUCCGGAGCCUGUCGUCGCUGCGCGCGCACCUGGAAUACAGCCACACCUACGAGACGCUCUACAUCCUCUCCAAGACGAACAGCAUCUGCGACGGCGCGGCCGCUGCUGCAGCCGCGGCUGCAGCAGCCUCCGGCUUCCCGCUGGCGCCUGAGCCCGCCGCUCUGCUGGCGGUGCCCGGGGCCCGGCGCGAGGUCUUCGAGAGCACGUCCUUCCAGGGCAAGGAGCAGGCGGCAUGGCCGGCGCCCUCGGGGCCGCACCUGCUCCACCAUCAUCACCAUCACCCGCCGCUGGCUCACUUCCCCGGCGACCUCGUGCCCGCCAGCCUGCCCUGCGAGGAGCUGGCUGAGCCGGGGCUAGUGCCUGCCGCGCGCUAUGCUCUACGUGAGAUCGAGAUUCCACUCGGCGAGCUGUUCGCGCGCAAGUCCGUGGCAUCCUCGGCCUGCUCGACGCCGCCACCCGGGCCUGGCCCUGGUCCUUGUUCUGGGCCCGCCUCCGCGUCGCCGGCAUCGCCAUCGCCUGCGGAUGUCUCCUAUGAAGAGGGCUUGGCACGCCUCAAGAUCCGCGCGCUGGAGAAGCUGGAGGUGGACCGGAGGCUGGAGCGGCUAAGCGAGGAGGUGGAGCAGAAGAUUGCCGGCCAGGUCGGCCGGCUACAGGCAGAACUGGAGCGCAAGGCCGCCGAGUUGGAGACUGCCCGACAGGAGAGUGCAAGGCUUGGGCGCGAGAAGGAGGAGCUGGAGGAGCGCGCAUCCGAGCUCUCGCGCCAGGUGGAUGUGAGCGUGGAGCUUCUGGCCUCGCUUAAGCAGGACCUGGUGCAUAAGGAACAGGAACUGAGCCGCAAGCAACAGGAGGUGGUGCAGAUCGACCAGUUCCUGAAGGAGACGGCGGCUCGGGAGGCCAGUGCCAAGCUGCGACUGCAACAGUUCAUUGAGGAGCUCCUGGAGCGUGCAGACAGGGCUGAGCGCCAACUGCAGGUCAUCAGCAGCAGCUGUGGCAGCACACCCAGUGCCAGCCUCGGCCGAGGAGGUGGGGGCAGUGCCUCAGGGCCUGGGGUGAGAGGCCCAGGCAGGAUGCGAGAACACCAUGCAGGCCCAGCUGUGCCAAGCACAUACGCCGUUUCACGGCAUGGCUCCUCUCCCAGCACAGGGGCCUCCAGUCGUGUGCCUGCUGCAUCCCAGAGCUCAGGCUGCUAUGACAGUGACAGCCUGGAGCUGCCCCGGCCAGAGGAAGGGCCCUCGGAGGACAGUGGCCCUGGGGGCUUGGGUUCACGGGCCCAGGCUACCAACGGUGGUUCAGAGCGGUCCCAGCCCCCUCGUAGUUCAGGCCUGCGAAGACAGGCCAUCCAGAACUGGCAGCGCCGACCGCGCCGUCACAGCACCGAGGGGGAGGAGGGUGACGUCUCAGAUGUGGGCUCCCGAACUACUGAGUCUGAGGCUGAGGGCCCCUCGGAUGUCCCACGCCCUGGACCUGCUGUGGCUGGGCCCAUGAACAGCUGCCGGCUCUCAGCCCGCCCUGAAGGAGGCAGUGGGCGAGGCCGUCGAGUGGAGAGAGGUAGCCCCUCGCGCUCCAAUGAGGUCAUCAGCCCAGAAAUCCUCAAGAUGCGCGCUGCGCUCUUCUGUAUCUUCACCUACCUGGAUACCCGUACGCUGCUGCAUGCUGCAGAGGUCUGUCGGGACUGGCGCUUCGUGGCCCGCCAUCCUGCCGUCUGGACGAGAGUGCUGCUUGAGAACGCCCGAGUCUGUUCCAAGUUCCUGGCGAUGUUGGCUCAAUGGUGCACCCAGGCCCACUCAUUAACGUUGCAGAACCUGAAGCCCCGACAGCGGGGAAAGAAAGAGAGCAAGGAGGAAUACGCCCGGAGCACCCGGGGCUGUCUUGAAGCAGGGCUGGAGUCCCUGCUGAAGGCGGCUGGUGGGAACCUGCUGAUCUUGCGUAUCUCCCACUGUCCCAAUAUCCUCACGGACCGGUCACUCUGGCUGGCUAGCUGCUACUGCCGUGCCCUGCAAGCUGUCACCUACAGGAGUGCCACAGACCCUGUCGGCCAUGAGGUAAUCUGGGCCCUGGGUGCAGGCUGCAGAGAGAUUGUCUCCCUCCAGGUGGCACCACUUCAUCCCUGCCAGCAGCCCACCCGGUUCAGCAACCGCUGCCUGCAGAUGAUUGGACGGUGUUGGCCCCACCUCCGGGCCCUGGGUGUAGGUGGUGCUGGCUGUGGAGUACAGGGCCUGGCAUCACUUGCAAGAAACUGCAUGCGGCUACAGGUCCUAGAACUGGACCAUGUAUCAGAAAUUACCCAGGAGGUGGCGGCUGAGGUCUGCCGGGAAGGCCUGAAGGGACUGGAGAUGCUGGUGCUCACGGCCACCCCUGUCACCCCUAAGGCCCUGCUACAUUUUAACAGCAUCUGCCGGAACCUCAAAUCCAUUGUGGUGCAGAUUGGGAUUGCUGAUUACUUCAAAGAGCCCAGCAGCCCCGAGGCCCAGAAGCUGUUUGAGGAUAUGGUAACAAAACUCCAGGCCCUGCGACGGAGGCCCGGCUUCUCGAAGAUUCUGCACGUCAAAGUGGAAGGUGGCUGCUAACCCAAGUGAGGGGCGGUAGCCCCACACCAAGGCACUCUUUGGACCUCUGGAGGGCCCCUGGCUUGGACUAGACCCUGGAGGCCUAGAGUUACACCAGGUUCCAGACAGUGGUUGAGUGCCCUGUCCAAUUGGAACAGCAAAGUGACAGGUGACCUAGAGCACUGCCUCCCCAGGGUAAGGGGCGUGGACAGAAGCUGCCCUGAGACCCCCAUGAUAUCCCCAGCUGGAGCAACCUGCUGGCACACCAGCACCUGGUUGUCAUCACUCAGAGGAUCUGCAGGAACCCCAGCAGCUCUUCAGCUGCUCAGGCAGGUCUCCUUCCUGAGGCCAGCUCCUGGUCAGGAGCCUCUGUCAGGUCACAAGCCAGAAGGGACUUAAGGCAGCUCAGGCAUGGCAAGGACUUUUCUCCCCUUUGCCUGACCAAGCCCUCUGCAGGGCACUCCCAUCAGACAGCGGGCCUCUCUUCUAGGUCCACAUUCUCCAGUGAUAAUCCAGGCAAGCCUCAGAACCCAGGUAGUAGAAGCUUAGGGGAAAAUACGGGCAGGGCCGUAGGGAUGUGUUUGAAAGGGCAAAACAAUGUCUAUUACUCCCCAGGAUGAGGCCCACACCUCCCUAGCAGGUAAAGUACUAGCCAGUACGUGGAGACUACUGUAAGACAAAGACUUUUCUUUAUCAUACCCCAGAGUUAAGCUUCAAGCAGUCCCUAUACUUACUCCUUGCUGAAGGACCAGGGUCGGGGAGGGGAUAGGGCGGGUAAGACCGUGGGCUCUCUGAGAUGCUGAGGCUUGAGAAAAUAGAGGUUUGCUUUACUUAACAGCUUGUUUGAGGCAAGGAGCCUGAUAAUGGUGUCAAGAGAGAGGAAAGAAUUUCCGCAGCCCACCUUCCUGUUCUUCAAAGCUGGGCUGAUACUACAAUUGAAUACUUGGGACAAGGUGUCACAGCCCAUUGCUCCAUACAGAAAAGUAAAUGCACACCAGAGUCCCACAGACUGAGCGUCCCUGAGAGCUCCUCCUCUCAGAACUUGCAGUGGCUGAGGCCAUGAGUCUUGAAGGCACCCCUUGGGCAGGUCUUUCAAAAACCUGGUCUCAUUCAAAUCUAAGGGUUUUUGUUUUGUUUUUGCUCCUGUACAAGGUGGCGAUCCCCUUGUCAAUUUUCUACAGCUGUGCCACAAGCUGGUCUGUGCAUGAACCCAGAUGUGGGUUGCCACCUAACGAGUCCCUUCCACUACUGUUCUCCCUCCUGCUCAAUGCUCCCAGACCCCAUAGCUCUGUCCCAGCUGGGCACCAUCACCGAGUUGUGUGGCUUGUUGUGUCCCUGCUCUUAGAAGACUGAAAUGCCAAGGCUGUCACUAUCGAUACUCCAUGCCUAGUCCUGCAUGAAACCUUGGCUGUCUAUGCCCCUACCUCUCACAGCAGUCUCCAGUUGCUCCCACCUCCCUAGCCCUGUCCCAGGAGUCACAGGCAACAGCACAACUUUCCUUGCCUUAAGUGACUCAGAAGGGAGGUGGAGGUGCACGUGGGGGGCCUAGCUGCAUCCAUGUAUGUAGCCCCAGUUCCCUGGGACUCCAAGAUCAGAGGUGCUGCCCUUCCUGUCUCCUGGAUAAAGCACAAAGUGAUAUGGUAGUUGGCCAAGCCUGCCCCCCAGGGGUUUCCAUCUUCCAACCCUAGGAUUUGGACGUCUCCCCGGGCGGGGAAGGCACUAGAAUGCCUGGUGUUGAGGGAACUACUAGGUCAGGGUGCACAGCCAUCGAGCAGGAAGCAAGGUCAAAAUGAUAGCUCUGGGCUCUACUAUAUCUACACCGCAUCCUGGUCCACGGAGAGGGAAAGAUACCCCUUCUGUUGGCACAAGUCUGCCCACCGAAAAGAUGUUUCCAAGGAACCCCAAGAGGUCUCACCUGUGUUCUUCCUGACUAAAGGUGGGUAAGGUGAAAAUUGUAGAUCUAAGCCUUUACCAACCCAAGAGACAAGUUGCUGUGUCCUGGCUGAGUCUUGGGCAUCUUAGUCUUCAGGCAUGCCUUGAGAGCCAGCAGCUCCGCCUCCCCCCCCCACAUAUUUGUGGUUCCUUUACUUUCUCCCCAGGGGACCAACCCCACUUUAGGGUAGUGUGCUCGUCAAGAGCCAGAGUUGGGGAUAGGGCAUCUGGCUUCCUGAGAAGCACCAUAGCCCAUCUUCAGGCCCUGAAAGGGAAGCCCUUUGUGUCUUAUAAGGUACAAAAAAACAUGUGAGGACAUGCCCUGCUCCAGAAGCACAGGGUCAGUGGAGGGCUGGCUCAUGGGUAGCAACCACCUGGCAUGUCUUCCACUCCCACCCCUGCCACACAGCCUGGCCCUAGCACCUGUGAAGUGUAGCAUGUUUGGCUUGAGAACGUCAUGCUUAUGCAGGCUGCUUUUCCCCAUAAUAGUGCAAAAAUGUAUGCCUGCUCUGCCCAGUUCCCCAGCAGUCAGGUGUUUUGUCAUGGGGUUUAAAAAACAAACAAAAAGAGGCCAAGUUAGCCUCUCAGGAAUUGCCUCAAACCUAACAAUGAGGCCUCAUUCCCAAGGUCUGCUGCCACAAGGUUUGGAUCCAUCUUUCCUGUCCCUAGCCCUUAAUGUAGAAUGCUUAGAACACAGGCAGUGAGCUGUCAACCUGUUAUUAUAAGGCGCUAAGUUGAAGGAAAAUUUCCCAGAGUGACAAUUGGUGCCAAAGACAUAGUUUCUGGUGAACGUGCAAGUGUGACUAAGUGGGAUAUGGCCCAGUGCCCAGAGGAGUUAACCACUGAUGGGGUGUAUCUUAGCCUGUCAGCCCCCAAUACCUGGCAGUUUUUCUACCCUUGGUGGUCACUUUCUCAUCCAGCCUUGACUCAGGCCAGCACCUCUGUAUAUAUUACUGUGUAGUGUGUAUAUUUACUCCUGGACAAGUGAGCUCAGCUGUAGUCCUUGCCCAGGGACACAAGGCUGAAGGUUGGGUGAAGAGCAGAACAUUAGGCUUUCCUCAACUCUUUGGGACCUUAGUCCAAGACUGCCCGACAAUCAAACAGGCACCCCACCAUGAGGCCAGCUCUGAGCCUCUGCCAUUACCACAGCCCUGGAGAGGCUUGGCCUAGAACCCCCAGCCUCUACUCAUCCUGGGCAGGGGUCUCCAAGGCCUGAGUGGCUCAGGCUUGCCUUGUAGCUGGUGCAGUUGGCGUGGCUCAAGAGGGCACUGCUAGUAGCACAGCUGGCCCCUAGGUCCUGCCUGCCCUGCACAGCCAGGCUGCACCCUGCCCCUAGCAAAUAGGCAGAAGGGCAGAGAACAGCUUUGGUUUUUACUUUUGUUUCUAAAGUGGUGCCUGUACCUCCAGCCCCCAGGGGGCCUUCCCUGGCCCCACUUAUCUGCCCCACCCAGGCAUUAACAUCCCAGCACUUUGCUCCAUGUCACCCAGAUGCCCUUCGCCGAAUGUAUUGAGCAUAUGUAUUUAAAAGGACUCCUGGGCAUCAGAGAAUUUAUGGUUCUAUAUCCAAUAAAAGGUGAUGAAACUGAAAAACAA